AAAAAAAAAAAAAAAAGAGGAUUCAUGCGUGUGCGCCCGCCUCGGGGGGCGGGGCAUGCGUGCGCGUCCCCGACACAUAAAGAGAAAAGAGAGGAGGGACGCGAUUCCUUGCCGUUCGUGUCCUCACAGAGAAAGACGGAGAGAGAGAGAGAAAAGAAAGAAAGAAAGAAAGAAAAGAAAAGGAAGGCGCACGCGGCCGUCGUCACUCUGACGGAUGCGCCGAAGAAGAAGAAGGGAGGAAGUUGCUUCCGUUCCGUUCUCGGAUCCCCGUUCGAGCCCCAGACAUGGACGCCAGGUUGCUGCACAUCCUGUUGACGCUGCAACAAGUCGGCGGCUACACGUACAGGAACCAGCGCAAGUUCAGCGAGGACAUCGACUGGUCGUACACGGCGGGAACGUUGAACCAGCACAACUGGGCCAAGAAGUUUCCGGCGUGCGGCAACGCCAAGCAGUCGCCCAUCGACGUGGAGGAGAGCCUGGCCCAGGUCAAACUGGAGUACCAGAACCUGCGCCUGGACGGCUGGGAGAACGUGACGGGCCGGCGCAGCGCCAUCAAGAACGACGGCAAGACCGUGGCCGUGGACGUGGACGGCGACUUCUACGUCAGCGGCGGCGGCCUGGGUUCUACGUUCAAGGCGGGCCGCAUCACCUUCCACUGGGGGCGCUGCAACGCCUCCUCCGAGGGCUCCGAACACAGCCUGGACGGCGUCAAAUACCCCCUGGAGAUGCAGAUUUACUGCUACCAGCCGCAGCGCUUUGAAUCCUUCGACCGAACCGUCGAAGCGGGAGGACCAAUCGCAGCCCUCGCUGUGCUCUUUGAGGCCAGUUCGGAGGAGGAGGACAACGCCGACUUCGCCCCCAUCGCGGACGCCGUCGACGGCGUCAGCAGAUACGGGAAGAGCGGCCGGGUGGCGCCCUUCGCUCCGCGGGGGCUCCUGCCCGACUCCACCGACAAGUACUUCGUCUACAACGGCUCGCUGACCACGCCCCCCUGCAGCGAGACCGUGGAGUGGAUCGUCUUCAAGAACACGGUCCGCAUCUCGGCCCGCCAGUUGGAGGUUUUCUGCGAGGUGAUGACCAUGGAGCAGGCGGGCUACGUGAUGCUCAUGGACUACCUGCAGAACAACUACAGAGAGCGGCAGCGGCAAUUCGUGGGCCCCGUCUUCUCCUCCUACACCGGGACCGAGGAGCUCCUCACGCCAGUUUGCAGCUCGGAACCGGAGAACUUGGAGGCGGCGUCCUACAACCGGACCGGCCUGCUGCUGACGUGGGAGCGACCGCGGGCCGUCUACGACUCGGCCAUCGAGAGGUACGCCGUCAGCUACGAGAUGGCCGACGCGGAGGACGCCGCACCCUCCGAGUACCUGACGGACGGAGACCAGGACGUGGGGGCCAUCCUGGACGACCUGGUGGCCAACUCCAGCUACGCGGUGCGGGUGGCGGCGGUGUGCGCCAACGGCCUCUACGGACGCGUGAGCGACCCCGCGACCUUCACCGUGCCCGCCGACGGCCCCGAGAAUAGCCUGAUCCCAGAUUCAGAUGACUUUGACUAUGCGGAGGCGAACUACCCACCAGAUCCAUUCUCGAACGAAUCUGUGCAAAGGGAAGAUUCCGAUCAGGCGCGGAUUCCGACCACAUCGCCGGCGACCUCGACUUCGGGGCCCCUUCGCCGCCCGCUACAAAAGCCCACCGGAGCCACCGAGACCGAGACACAGUCCACUACCGUUUCCGCGACCUCUUCGCAGGGAGCUACGUCCGGUCCGCCCGCUGAGGUCGCCACCGGGUUCCCGUCUACGACUCCUUUGUACGCAAACGCAAGCGAUCGCGCCGGCAGAGUCGGUCCAAAGUCCUCAGAAAGCAAUGAAGUGGACCGGACUGCCUCAACGGCAACGGGAAGUGAUGUUUGGAUGGAGGGGGGUAAAAGUGUAAGCUCAAGUGGCACCACAACAAGCUCAACCACGAACAAAACCAGACCGAUGACCACGAACCAGAUCCUGUUUACAAACCAGGUCCCGAACUCGACCACGAAAAUGACUGCAAACACAACGGCCGACAAGACCGUGACCCGGCCAAUGACCGAGACCACCGCCACCAAUGUGACGACUCGGAACACGACGGAGACGCUGCAAGUGACGACAUACAGAACCACAGAGAAGCCCACAACCUCGCCGACGGACAAGAUCACAACGACGAAGACGACGACAAACGAGAGCACGACCGCAGCCCCGACGAUCACCACCAACAUGACGACGCGCAAAACAACGAUCGAGACGACAACCGUGACUGUGACGACGGCAGGGGGCGCAAACACAAACGUAAACAAGGAGACAAGAGACAAAAGCGCAAGCGGGCCACUGAACGCGACCACACCCACGACCGGAACCAAAAACACGAGCCCGAACGUGGCCCAUCUUGGGGACGGGCUCAUCGCGGCGUCGUCCGUCCACCUUCUCAGCGCAGCGGAAACGGAAGUCCGCCGCGAUGAUGCGAUGCAGGUCCAGGGCGAGCUCUUUCCCGAGCUUCCGAGUCCCUCAGCCGCGGUUGUGUCGCUUUCCGAGGGUGAGCGCGUCUCUGUCCCCCCUCCUUCCCUGCAGCGUGAACCCCGCCCCGUUCCCUCCGGCCGCUUGCACGAGCUUCCCCUUUCCUCCACGGUGGCGGCUCGCCAAUUCCCCGCUCCUCCCACCUCUCUCCCCGCCCCGUCUUUGGCAAACGACCUGGCAUCUUUCUCUUCGGGCCAGGUGCCCGAACGGGAAGCGUCCCUCCCCGACGUCUCCCCGGCCCUCGGCCCCACCCUGAGUUCCGUCCCGCUUCCUCGCCGGGGCCCCGCCCUCUCUUUUGCCGGCGACUUGGCAUCUUUCUCGUCGGGCGAGCCCAUCCGUGCGUCCCCGUCGGAGGCGUCGCCGCCCCUCAGCCCCACCUUGAGGCUUUCGGUUCUCCUUUCCAGCGACUUCCCUCAUUCCGCCGCCACUCCGGUCUUGACACCGUCGUUUUCGAAUGAAGUCGACCUUUUGGGUCACGGGACAGGAAGUGCGCCCGAUUCCUUCCCGUCCGAGGACGGUGCCGACGACUUCCCGGACGGCAUGUGCGGUUGCUCCCUUGAGCCGUCGGCAUCGUGGCCUCACGUUUCUUCCCGAGUCCCGCUCGGGGGCGUGGCCUCGAUCUCAGGCGGCGGCGGGGAGCUCCUCGCGAGUUCUUUGGGAGUCCUCGUUAGUUCUCUUUCCGGGGCGACUUCCGGAGGCCCGGUGGUUACCCGCCGGUCCUCUCCGCCGGCACCCGGCUUCCGGUCGGCCGCUUACGUGGCGCCGCCCCGUUCCGUUGCAGCCGCCGCAUCCGAGCCCACCUCGUCGCAAUUGCCGCCUUCCGUCCCCGUGACGCACUCCUCGGCGGACCGCAGUAACGGCGUCUCGGGUUACGACGUAGAUCAGGAGGGGGACGGCGUCCGGGCGUCCGUGUCCGGCGAGAACCCCUUUCCUCGUUCCACUUUGGAAUCCGGACAGACGCCCGAUGCUUUGGACGACCGCUCCUCGGCGUUUUAUUUUGACGGCGAGAGCGGGAGCGCCGCCGGAUCCGGGCGAGCGGGCGCCGCCCCGCUGAGAGUAUCCGCGGUUCCCUCGCCCGCGCCCGCCGAGGAGAGCGGUUCGGGUCAGGCCGAGAACCUUUAUGACAACGACACCUCCUCAGACUUCAGCAUUCCCGAGCGAACGCAGCGGGAAUCCCGCAAAGAGGAGGAUCCAGUGGCAGACGUGAGCAACAGCAGCCACGAAUCCCGCGUGGGAAGCGACGGCGACGGCCGGAGGAAGGCGGCGGUCCCGCUGGCCGUCAUCUCGGCGCUGACCGCCCUGGGACUGGCGCUCCUCGUCGGCGUCCUUCUCUACUGGAGGAUGUGUUUCCGGACGGCGCAUUUCUACGUGGACGAAGGCGCCUCGCCCCGCGUGGCCGCCACGCCCGCUUUCACACCCGACGAAAAGAGCGCACUUCCCGUCGGAGACUUUGUCAAGCACGUCGCCGAGCUUCACCGAACGUGCGGAUUCCGGCGCAAGUUUGAGGAAACGUCCCGUCCUCGUCUUCCUGGUCCCGGCGAGCUCGUCAAGGAGAGUUCCGAGGAAGUCCGGACGUGCGCCGCGAUGACGUCGGACCGUCCGGACGACGACGGCGGCCAGAAGCGAUACGGCCACGUCCCGCCUGGCGAUCGCAGUCGAGCGCGACUCUCGGCGGUCGACGAGGACGCCGGAGAUGACAUCGACGCCAACUUGGUGGACGGCUUCAAGAUGCGCCACGCGUACAUCGCGGCUCAGGGUCCCAGCAAGUCCAGCACGGACCGCUUCUGGCGGAUGAUCUGGGAGCAAAACGUGGGCGUCGUGGUGAUGAUCGGCGACCUGCUGGAGAAAGGACGCAAGAAGUGCCACCAGUACUGGCCCGCCGACGUGCGCGAGGACUACGGCGGCCUCGCGGUGACGCUCGAGAGCGUUCAAGAGCGAGCUCACUACACUCGGCGGACCUUCGCGAUCAGCGAAACGCACGUCAAGAAGGGUUCUCGGAGGGGGCGCGGCCCGGAGCGAGCGGUCACGCAGUACCACUACACCCGCUGGCCCGACGGGGGCGUACCCGAAGACGCCCUGCCGCUCAUCGGCUUCAUACGAGAGACUCGGAGGGCCAGGACGACCGAGGUGGGCCCGGUGGUGGUGCACUGCAGCGCCGGCGUGGGCCGCACCGGCGCCUACUUGGUGUUGGACGGCAUGUUGAGGCAAAUCCGUCUGGAAGACGCCGUGGACGUGGACGGAUUCCUGCGACGCAUUUGCACGCAGACGAACUGCCUGGUCCAGACGCAGGAGCAGUACGUGUUCAUCCACGACGCCUUGGCGGAGGCCAUCUCGUGCGGCGACACGGAAGUGGCGGCGUCGCGGCUCGGCGCCUACGUGGAGCGGCUGCUCACCCCGCGCGAAGACGGCAAGACGCCGCUGGACCGCCAGCUCGAGCUGCUGAGCGCGGGAGCGGCCGACCCCGCGAACGACGACCUCCGCGAGGACCGAAGCGGCGGGCCGCCGUCGCCGGCGGAAAGGUCGCGCGUGCGCCUGUCGCCGUGCGCCGCUGACGAGUCCGGUUACAUAAACGCGUCCUACGUGACGGGCCACGAGCGGAUCAAGGAGUUCAUCAUUACCCAGAAUCCUUUGCCAGGCACCGUCAAGGACUUCUGGAGCAUGAUUUGGGAUCAGAACUCGGGCGUGAUCGUGUCGCUGCCGGGACCGGCGCUCGCUCAGGACGGAGAGGACGAGGACCGGGGGGCGGAGCCGCGCGUCUUCUGGCCCGCCGAGGGACAGCCGAUGAGCUGGGAGCGCUUGAGCGUCACGCUGACGGGCGAGGACGUCGUCCGGCUGGCCAACGGGGACGCGCUCAACGUUCACCGCUUGGCCGUGUGCGCCGCGCAGGACGACUUUCUUCUGGACGUUCGCCUGUACCGCGCCCCCCGCUGGCCGAAUCCCGACGGCGCCACGAGCGACGCCUUGCUGCUGCUGGAGCUGCUGCGGCGGGAGGAGGAGACCUCGCCCGAGGACGGGCCCCUCGUGGUCCUGGACCGCGCGGGCGGAGUCACGGCCGGGACCUUCUGCGCUCUGUCGUCUCUGAUUGGUCAGCUGCACGGCCAAGGGCGCGUCGACGUCUUCCGCGUGGCCAGGACGACCGCCCUUUGCAGGCCCGGAACCUUCCGCACACGCGACCAGUUGGAGUUUCUGUACAAGGCCUUGCUGAGCGUGCUGGACAAGCAGCAGCAGGAGGAGGACCGACCCGACGACGACGACGACGACGACGAGCGCACGACGGGGGCCGCCCGCAGUUUGGAGUCGCUCGUGUGAGGCCACCAAAACGCGACUUUUGACGUUUGCCUCUUUGGACAGCAGCA